UAAUAAAAGAUUAAGGAAGGAGAGAGAAGACAUUCACAUACCCCUGCGGAGAGGAGAGAGAAAGCUCUCCCGGGGAAGAAGACGACGAAGCUCGGAGAGUUGUUGAUUUCGCCGGAAUCAUCAGAUUAAGGAUCGGUUCAGGAGGAAUCGAAAGAGGAAAUGUCAGACCUAGACCGGCAGAUAGAGCAGCUGAAGCGCUGCGAGCCGUUGAGCGAAUCGGAGGUGAAGUCUCUCUGCCUCAAAGCCAUGGAGAUCCUCGUUGAAGAGAGUAAUGUUCAAAGAGUCGAUGCUCCCGUCACUCUAUGUGGUGAUAUCCAUGGGCAGUUCUAUGAUAUGAUGGAGCUUUUCAAAGUUGGAGGUGAUUGCCCCAAGACCAACUACUUGUUUCUUGGUGAUUUCGUUGAUCGUGGAUACUACUCUGUUGAGACGUUUCUGCUUCUACUCGCUCUCAAGGUUAGAUAUCCAGACCGUAUAACUCUCAUCAGAGGAAACCACGAAAGCAGGCAAAUCACACAGGUUUAUGGAUUUUAUGAUGAGUGUUUGCGUAAAUACGGCUCUGUAAAUGUCUGGAGAUACUGCACUGACAUUUUUGACUACAUGAGUCUUUCAGCUGUUGUCGAGAACAAGAUAUUCUGUGUUCACGGCGGUCUCUCUCCAACUAUUAAUACUCUUGACCAGAUCAGGACAAUUGACCGAAAGCAAGAAGUGCCACAUGAUGGCGCCAUGUGUGACCUCCUAUGGUCUGAUCCUGAAGAUAUUGUCGAGGGAUGGGGAUUGAGUCCUCGUGGAGCUGGAUUUCUUUUUGGCGGCAGUGUUGUCACGACUUUUAACCACACAAACAACAUAGACUACAUAGGACGAGCCCAUCAACUAGUUAUGGAGGGCUACAAAUGGAUGUUCGAUAGCCAGAUUGUGACAGUGUGGUCAGCCCCAAAUUACUGUUAUAGAUGCGGUAAUAUCGCUUCGAUUCUAGAGCUGGACGAGAACCUAAACAAAGAGUUCCGUGUGUUCCAGGCAGCCCAGCAGGAUUCGAGAGGGCCUCCCGCCAAAAAACCUGCCCCUGACUACUUCCUAUAAUGUGACAACCCUACUCGUAGAGUAAAACCGAGGAAGAGAACCACAACUCGUUCAUGAGUUGUUUUUAUGUGAGGCAUUGCAAAAGAAGUCUAUACAAUACAAUUGUUUCAGGCCAGAUCUACUUAGGCCAUCGAACUGGGGUUGUUUGAAAACAAGAAAUUGUUGAAAUAUAUUUCUCAUUGUAGUGGUUGUAGUUAAAAGAGUGUCCUUGUCAUAAUUCAAGCUUGUAUUUCCUUUGAAUAUAAAGACCUCAAAACGA